AUGGACAUCGACGAUAUCCUCCAGGAGUUCGAGACAGCCACCUCCAGGAAGGAAACCAAGAAGACCCCAACCACGCUCUAUGACGAGUUGGUAGUGGCUAUGGUCAACGAGAGAAUGGCCCCAGAGCUUCUUCCAUUCAAGCACGAACUUUUGCAGAAAGUGUUGGCUCAAAUAUCCAACCAGCAGCAGUUCUUGCUCGACUCCCACGAGUAUGGGGACGUCAACGCAGAGUCUGGCGUGGUCACUGGUGACUUCAAGCUCCAGCUCAUGAUCAUAGAAACCGACAUCGAAAGAAUCAACUACUUGAUACGAUUGUAUCUCAGGACAAGGCUCAGCAAAAUCGACAAGUUCACCAUCUUCUACAUCAACGAAACAGCAGACGAGGAUCCCGACUCGAAGGAUAGACUCCUCUCCAGCCAGGAACAAAAGUACAUGCAUCAGCACUUCAAGAUUUUGACCCGCUUGUACAAUAACUGUUUUUUGAAGCGCCUUCCCCAUACUUUGACCUUGUUGGAUGAUACCAGCGGGGGCCAGUCCAUGAUCGUGGAACCCGACCUCAACCAGCCCGUUUUCGUGAAGUCCAUCACCGAUAAGCCCAUAACUAUUUCCCUCGGCGAAGACGACGAGCUUGACUUGGUGAACGAUGGCAUAUAUGUGGUCAAGUAUAAGUUGGUGAGGGACUAUAUCAGCAUCGGUGACGUGGUGAUGAUAUAA